AUGUUUCCUAUUCUCAAAAAGAAAAAAUCGGAGAAAAAAGAAAACAUAUACCAAAACAAUAUCGCAAUCCUUUCGAUGUCUCGAGUGGACGAAGAAAGCGGAAGACCGACCGUUCAGUUCAACCCUCCCUCCCAUACCAUCAACUCAUCAUUUAAGUGCAUGUAUACAUUUGCCUCAUCUCUUAUAUCAAAUCAAAACGAUUUUGAUAAGAAACCGAUUACAUUGAAUGAUGUAUUGGUCGGUAAUCUAUCGCCACAGCUAUUCAACGGCACCUGGAUUUUGGAUAACAUUGUCUUCUAUGACGAGGAAACCAAUCUCUGCACUCUUCACAUCGAUUUCAAUUCAACACAAAAACACAUUUUAGUCCCAAAUCAUAUAAUCUUCGUUAACAACGAUUGUAAUUACAGUUCAUUCAUAGAAUUAUUGCCUGAAGAUCAACAUUUUGGGAACCAAUUCAUUCAACACAUCGAAUGGGGACCGAAUGGCACACAAAUUGUGUUUGUCUUCAAAAACAAUCUCUACUAUAAGGCCGACGUGAAUGCUGUGCCCAUACAGUUGACCAAUACUGGGGCACAGAAUCUCAUUUAUAAUGGAUAUUGCGAUUGGGUUUAUGAGGAAGAGAUUCUGGAGGAGGAGAAGGCGUUUUGGUUGUCACCGGACGGCAAGCAUCUGGUGUUCGCCAAAAUCAAUGACUCCAAAGUGGACACAAUAACGUGGCCUUUCUAUGGACAGUACUAUAAUCUGAGUAGCAAUCAGUAUCCCUCAGAAGUGGCCCUUAAAUACCCGAAACCGGGAAGAAAUAACCCGACAAUUGAAAUAUUUGUGUUAAAUCUGAACGAAUCGGUCGACAAUAUAGAGCUCGUUCGGCUUCUUCCGCCGGAAACUAUUGCCAAACAUGAUUAUUAUGUGACAGCCGUUGGAUGGAUAGAUAACGACAGGCUGUCCAUCACAUGGUUAACGAGAGCACAGAAUUACUCUACAUUUACUCUGGAAUCGGCCAACAGUUGGGUUGAUCUCUAUUCGGCUCCCAUCCCGGGAGGCCGUGUGUUGAUAUUCAUGACGUCGGCCUAUAAUAGUUGUGCACCGAGAAAUCAAGCGGUGAAAUAUUUGACUAAAGAAAUCGUGGCAUUCAAUCCACAAGAAGACAUUGUUUACUUUUUGUCGACAUUACCCGAAAAGCCAGAGUUUCGUCACUUAAUGAGCGUUUCAGUGAACGAGGAGUCAGUUUUGGACCCAAUUUGUUGGACCUGUUAUUUGGGUCAAAGUUGUCUUUAUAACAAUGUAUUCUUUAAUACCAAACGAGACUAUUAUGUACUGCAAUGCGAGGGACCGGACACUCCCAAAGUGGAGAUCAGGCGCACGAAAAACAAUUCAUUA